AUGGCCGCUAAAUCGGAUGGAGCAGCCGUGUGUCUGACCGAGAAUGAGUCCGAGUCUCGGUGGCUCGUCGGCCCGGACCAGCGUCCAGCGCCGCACUGCCGUGCCGAGAACCGCUACACGCUGCUGGACUGCUGCUGGGUGCUGUGCGCCCUGCUGGUUUUCUUCUCCGACGGAGCCACCGACCUGUGGCUGGCAGCGGACUACUACUUGAGAGGGGACUUUUGGUGGUUCGGGCUUACGCUGGUCUUCGUGGUGGUUCCCUCCGCUGUGGUUCAGGUUUUGAGUUUCAGGUGGUUUGUCUAUGAUUACUCGGAGAUGAACGACAGCUCCAGAGAAGAGGCGGCGGCGAGGGGGGGUGGAGGCGACAGCAAUUUCAGCACCAAGGGCAGCGGACAGCGAGGCAGCGGCAGCGCCGUAGGAGUCAGACCGCUGCCAGCGCAGAGCUCAAGGGGUCGGACCCUAAGAUGCUGCAGAGUGUGCAUGUGGGUCUUCCAGACCGUUAUACACAUCCUGCAGCUGGGCCAGGUCUGGAGGUACCUCCACACGCUGUACCUGGGUUUGCAGAGCCGGUGUCAGGGCAGGCCAGGCCAUCGCCACUGCUACUGGCGGCUGAUGUUCGAGACGGCCGACAUCAACAUGCUGCGUCUGCUGGAGGCGUUCCUGAAGAGCGCCCCACAGCUCGUCCUGCAGCUCAGCAUCAUGAUCCACAGCAGACACAUACUGCCCCUGCAGGGUCUCUCGGCCUCGGCGUCUCUGGUCUCCCUGGCUUGGAUGAUCGCAUCCUACCAGAAGGUCCUCCGCGACUCGCGCGACGACAAGCUGCCCAUGUGCUAUAAGGCGGUGGUCGCGCAGAUGCUCUGGCACCUCUUCACCAUCGGCGCUCGCACGGUGGCCUUCGCCCUCUUCGCCUCUGUCUUCCAGCUCUACUUUGGCAUCUUCGUGGUGGCACACUGGUGCGCCAUGACCUUCUGGGUCAUCCAGGGCGAGACGGACUUCUGCAUGUCCAAGUGGGAGGAGAUCAUCUACAACAUGGUGGUGGGCAUCAUCUACAUCUUCUGCUGGUUCAACGUCAGGGAGGGGCCGGGACGCUAUCGCCUGGCCGUGUACCACUGCUUGAGCCUGGUGGAGAAUGCUGCGCUCACCGCAGCCUGGUACACCUACCGGGCACCGCACACCUCGGACUUCCACGCCCUCGUCAUUGUGUGCGUGGUGGUGUGCAGCUACGCCCUGGGCACCUUCUUCAUGUUUGUCUACUACUGCCUGCUCCACCCAGACGGCCCCGUCCUGGGGAGCCCAUGGAGUUGUGUGGACGAAGGCAUGGGUGUGGUGGGCUUGGGCGAGGUGGGUGUGCCCCUGCCCCCGCCGGACGUGGUCACAAGCCCCCCGAGGACCCUGCAGAGGACUACGGGUGGGGAGCGGGAGCCCGGGGCCGGAGACAGGGACAGCUGCCUGCCUGUCUUCCAGGUGAGGCCACCUACGGUGCCGCCCACACCCUCCCCCCGCACACCCAGGGUCGAGGGCCCCGUGAUCCGCAUUGAUCUGCCCAGGAAGAGCUACCCAGCUUGGGACGCACACUUCAUCGACCGCAGGCUUCGGAAGACCAUCUUGCUGCUGGAGAACACGUCACCAGCGACGCCACGCAUCCAGUACCGCAGCCUCGGCAGCCCCAGAGAGGUGAUGGAGUAUGAGACUAGUGUAUAGGGCAGUCCCACCUUUCCCCCAAUAGGGGGCGCCACCCAUAGCUCUGCGUCACUGCACACCAGGGCAGCCGCGAGCGGGGCGGCAGACAAUGCAGGGAGACGGUGUCCAAGACCACGGUUGGUGCUACAACGUCGCACCCGUGCAUGCAUGGGGCACGGGACAUUGCCGUUGCUUGGCAACGAUCUCCUGUUCUCAGAGAGGGCACACGAUGAACAUGAAUGAGGUUAGAGUUUAAAGGUCAACAGGUAAAGGAUCGACAGCUAAUGGAAAAGACACCUUAGGAAAAGAAUAGUACUGUAAUGCCAAGAGUGAUUAAAAAAAAAACAAAAAAACGCCAGCACACGGUGAUGAUACUGAUGACUUCUGAUGAUACAUGUUAAAUUCUAGAUGAACCAAUCAGCUUAGCCCAGGACUGCCUUUAGAGCGGUUCUGGUCUAAAUAAUUAUUGUUAUAGUGAGUUGGAAACAGUACCAGUUGUGUAUUACUUUGCUUAUGUGAAUGGUGAGAGUAGCCAGUCCAAUCAUCCAUUUUCCUUAAACAGGUAAUUAUUAAUUUAUUUAUUGGUUUAUCUUUAAUUUUAUAAACUCUGUGGCCAUGAUAUGAUUCUUCCUAUGCUAUAUCAAUGUAUACAUAUAAUAUUUUGUUAUAUGUAUACAGUAUAUUGGAAUGGUGCCAGUGUGUUAGUAUGACUGUUUUUAUUUAUUUAUUUAUUUAUUUAUUUAUUGUAUGUUCGGAUGGUUUUUGAUCAUAUUGCAUUGUUUAUCUGUAAAGAUAAGAAGCAGAAAAGUAUAUAUGAAGAAAAAAAAUCAUCAAGACAUGAUCAAAAUGUA